CUUUACCAAUAAUUAUACCACCACCAUUCGUUCUGAUAGCAGUGAAACAACAGUUCCAAAAGAACUAGUUAUUUAUAGCAGAAUGAAAACAAACGUCACUAAAAAGCUGCAACUAAAAAGAACCCACAGUCGCGACAUAGGAAGCUAGCGACACCGCUUAUUUUUUACUCGAAUAAAAUCUAUAUUUGAAACAAAACAUUAAAAGAAAAACCACUAUUUUUACAAAACUUUUGUAAUCGAUAAAUAUUUUUGAGGUUUAAGCGUUUAUUAUACAAUUUUUUUAGUGUUUGAUACAAGAUCAUAUCAACAGUGUUAUGCGUUCAUAAAAAAAAGUGUUUUUAUUUACAAUUUCUACGUUACAAUCACGAUGGCACCAGUCAAGUUUGGACUAUUCAAAGCCCGAAGCAGAGAAUACCAGGAACAACCUUCGACGGAGAAUCUCCUUUACACCAGCAACAGCAGCGAUCACUUGGGCACCCCAUCGUCUCCAGUCCCGUCAACCAGCAAAUGUCUACCAGAAAACACAGCAGAAUUAGCAGAAGUCCACAAUGACAGCGAGGAGGAUGAAUUAUCACAAAAAAUCGCACCAACACGUCGCAUCAGCGAAUGCAGUAGACUUGAAGAUUCACAGAUGAACUAUCAGCCACUAAAAAACCAAGCAUCAACAGACGCCACUUCAGUCUCAACCCUCAAUUCAGAUGAAGAAGACCAAGAAAAGACCGCAAUAGACGAUGACGCAUCAACCACUUGUGACGUCCUAUCUCUACAGUUCGAUGAGACGUCAAUAGCAGCGAGCGAAGACCUGUCGGUCUACUGCGGGACGCUGAAGAAGACCAAGAAACUGAGGAUCAAAGAGGAGAAACAGCUGAGGGAUUUUGAUAUGUGGCAAGCGAGUAAUGUUGAAGUUAUGCAGCGCCUAUUAAGCAAAAGUGGGACCUUAGAUGAGCAAAUUAAAUGGGAGGCAAUAGCUACUGCCAGAGGACUCUGCAUCCUCAAAGACAGCUGCACGUGCGACGACUGCACGAGGGCGAAGUACCUCGCUGGCGUCACAGACGGUGACGGAGGCCUGGGCGCAGCGCCCCUCUUCAGUGCCAUCAGUGUAGGCUGCAUAGUCCAGUAAAAACUACCAAAUUACCAAACUUUAUGUGCUGGCAACAUUUAAAUGUGGUAGAAAUUAUUUUUCUGUGCUAGCAACACUAAAACAACUCUGCAAUCCUACUUAUGAAAACUACACUAUUUAGCUAAAUUAAGACUUAUAUUAUACCAAAAAUUUAUAGAAAAAAAUGUAUCUACUUAAAUAUAAAUAAACUCUUGUUUUUUGGAGUGAAUACAAUUUUUGUGUAAUAUAUAAAUUUCGAAUAUACAAUUUGUAUUUAAAUACGAUUGCAGAGUUAUAUGAGAGUGGAGAGUUUCGUAUUUGUGUGAAGUUGUAGCCUUAUUUUGAACUCUGCAUUAUCACUGAAGUAGCCUGUAAUAUAGGUACUUACUCUAUGCAAGGUAUUUUAUAUGAUAAGGUCACUUA